GUGACCCUGAUGAGGACCAUCAUGCCGGUGGGCAAAGAGCUGUCUACAGGGUUAAGAAACUGGGUGACAGUCGGAGACCCUCCCGCCACUCGUAUGCGGGGUACAUUGAUGAUUUAGAUUCUUCUUUUGAAGACAUAGAGCUGAAUAUCAGCAUUCCUGAAAUUGAUGCCAAUGAAAGUAAAUGUCUCAGGGAUAUUAGUGCCAGAUUACACAGCGAAGAUAAUGAUACUAACUGCCAUAGAACACCAGCUAGAAAGAGCGAAUCUUUGAAUUUUGAAAACUUUAAGAGUCCUGCAAUUACAGAGGGGGGCAAUCAAAAGAGGUGUAUUGUGCUCCCACAGGAGAGCAGAAGAGGAAGGAGCUCUGAUGUCUGGAGCUAUCUGAAAGGAAUUUCAUUAACUAGCAAAGAUAAUUCAAAGCUUUCAGAUCAAAGGGCUGAAACCAAUUUCCAGAACUUAGAAAAUAUAACUGAUCAUUCUACUUCUUAUUUGGACUUUGAUACGAGAUGUGAGGAGAAUCUCAGCCAGCGGAAAAAAUCAAACAGCACGACCAAAGCCACUCACUUUGGGGGUGUUGUGAGGUUCUUCACCAGCGUGGCUGAGGCAGCUCGGAGGCUGCGAGGCUCCUCAAGGGGAUUUUCACCUGAUGAGAAAAGGCCUCAGCGGAGUUUCCGAAGCUGGAAGCAGGAUGUUACCUCCCACAAAGAGGGCUUGGUUAUUGAGAACGAGAGUGCAAGGGCCUUCUGCACAGUGGGAGCGUGUCUGCAGUCCCCGGAUUCAGGCACAUGGGAGAAUCUGAGCUUUGAGAGUUUGGUGGGGAAGGAGCCCAUGCAGCAUUGCAAAUCCACAGAAGUGCCACAAGACAUUGGUUCCUCUGCCCUGGGUGGCGAGAAUGACAAGUUUAAUGAAACAUCACUUGCCCCCUUUGGGCCAGAACUAUCCAUCUCCCACCCACCAGAGCUCGCAGAUCGCUCUUUCACUGAGUUAAACACUAAAGACCUGUCUGAGGAUCUGAUCGACUUUCCACAGACGCCUCAGACUAAACAGAUUCAGGAUUUGGGCAGUACUCCAGAGAAGACAGAGGUCCUGGGCAGGGACCGGCCGUGUUCUGAAGGUCUUCCUGUGAACAACUUGGAUACUGCGGACCUGGGCCAUUCUCCAGCUGCAGAUGGUGACUCUUCUGCAGUGACUGAGGCUCUGAUCCACCUUCCACAGACAUCACUGACUAAACUUGAUACUGAGGAUGUGGCUUGUGCUCCAGUGCUUGCCAAAGACAUGGACCUGUCUCCAGCAGAGGCUCAGGAGCUUUCAAAGACAGAACUGGAUACACAGGACUUGAGAAAUCCUGAGCUGCCUUUGCAAGACUUGUCCAGAGGUGAGCUGGGGAUUCAGGACUCAGACAGUACUCUGGAGAUGACAGAGGUCAUGAGCAGGGACUUGCCAUAUUCUCAAGGUCUUCCUGUGAAUAAUCUGGGUGCUGCAGACCUGGGCCAUUCUCCAGCUGCAGAUGGUGAUUCUUCAGCAGUGGCUGAGGCUCUGAUCCAUCUUCCACAGACAACCCUUGCUAAACUUGAUACUGAGGACACGGCUUGUUCUCCAGGGGUUGCUGAAGAGAUGGAUCCAUCUCCAGCAGCGGCUCAAGAGCUUUCAAAGACAGAACUGGAUACGCAGGACUUGAGAAAUCCUGAGCUGUCUUUGCAAGACUUGUCCAGAGGUGAGCUGGGGACUCAGGACACUGGCAGUACUCUGGAGACAACAGAGGUCGUGGAUAUGGACCUGCCAGGUUCUCAAGAUCUUCCUGUAAAUAAUCUGGAUACUGUGGACUUGGGCCAUUCUCCAGCUGCAGAUGGUGACUUUUCUCCAGUGACUGAGGUUUUGAUUGACCUCCCACAGCCAACCCUGGCUGAAGAGAUUGAAGACACUGGGAUUGCUCUGGAGAAGACAGAGGCCAUGGAUAGGGACCUGCUACAUUCUCAAGAUCUUCCUGUGAAUAGUCUGGAUGCUGCAGACCUGGGCUGUUCUCCAGUUGCUGGUGUUGACUUUUCUGUAGUGACUUUUUUAAAAUGUUCCACAGUUAAAGGGCAGGUUUUACAGCAGACUGAUUGCCGCAUUAAAAAGCGCGGAGCCGCUUCGUUUGUAGAACAGAACUCUGUAGAGAUAACGGACACAGGGGAACAGUUUAACUGUAACAACGAGUGUCGUCCUUUCCAAGUGCACGUUUCUAGAAUUGUCUCCUCUGGACGGCUCAAAAACGGAAAGCCGAUGUCUCAUCCUUCACAACCAUCCCCACAAGCACCACCCUUCAAAGUCCUCGUGGAGAGAUGUCGCUCCGAACCCCUCUCCCAGAGCACCCCGAUGGGGCUGGACCAGGUGGGAGGGCGCAUGCAGCACUUGCUCCGGAGACGCGCUGAGAAUGAACAGGCUUCAAAGACUCUGAAGGUGCGCGGGAACUGCAGGAACGGUGGACGUCGAUGGAACCUCUUCAAGCCUGGAGCUGAGAAGCUGCAAAUCAGUAGGCUGAUCAGUGGUGGUUCUAUUGUAAGUGCUGAGGCAGUAUGGGAUCACGUCACCAUGGCCAACCGGGAGUUGGCGUUUAAAGCAGGAGACGUUAUCAAGGUCCUGGAUGCUUCCAACAAGGACUGGUGGUGGGGUCAGAUCGAUGAUGAAGAAGGAUGGUUUCCCGCCAGCUUCGUGAGGCUGUGGGUAAACCAAGAGGAUGGAGUGGAGGAGGGAACCAGCGAUGUGCAGAAUGGCCACUUGGACCCAAGCGCCGACUGCCUCUGUCUCGGCAGGACCGUCCAGAACCGAGACCAGAUGAGAGCCAACGUCAUCAAUGAAAUCAUGAGCACGGAGCGCCACUACAUCAAGCACCUCAAGGACAUUUGCGAGGGUUACUUAAAGCAGUGCCGGAAGAGGAGGGAUAUGUUCAGUGAUGAACAGCUAAGGAUCAUCUUUGGUAACAUUGAAGAUAUCUACAGAUUUCAGAUGGGUUUUGUCCGGGACUUGGAGAAACAGUACAACAACGAGGAUCCCCAUCUCAGUGAAAUCGGACCAUGUUUCCUUGAACACCAAGAUGGUUUCUGGAUCUAUUCGGAGUACUGUAACAAUCACCUGGAUGCGUGCAUGGAGCUUUCCAAGCUGAUGAAGGACAGCAGGUACCAGCAUUUCUUCGAAGCGUGUCGUCUGUUGCAGCAGAUGAUUGACAUUGCCAUAGACGGUUUCCUUCUGACGCCGGUGCAGAAGAUCUGCAAAUACCCCCUGCAGCUUGCAGAGCUCCUCAAGUACACGGCGCAGGAUCACAGUGACUACAGGUAUGUGGCUGCUGCUCUCGCCGUCAUGAGGAACGUGACUCUACAGAUCAACGAGCGGAAGCGGAGACUGGAGAACAUUGACAAGAUAGCUCAGUGGCAGGCCUCCGUGCUGGACUGGGAGGGAGACGAUAUCUUGGACCGCAGCUCCGAGCUGAUCUACACGGGAGAGAUGUCCUGGAUUUACCAGCCUUAUGGACGGAACCAGCAGCGUGUUUUCUUUCUCUUUGAUCACCAGAUGGUUCUCUGCAAGAAGGAUCUGAUACGAAGAGAUAUUCUGUAUUACAAAGGUCGCAUAGACAUGGAUAAGUAUGAAGUGGUGGAUAUAGAGGACGGGAGAGAUGAUGACUUCAAUGUCAGCAUGAAGAAUGCCUUCAAACUUCAUAACAAGGAGACUGAGGAAAUGCACUUAUUCUUUGCCAAGAAACUGGAGGAGAAGUUGCGAUGGCUUAGAGCUUUCAGAGAAGAAAGGAAGAUGGUAAAAGAAGAUGAAAAGAUAGGCUUUGAAAUUUCUGAAAAUCAAAAGCGGCAAGCGGCAAUGACAGUAAAGAAAGUCAGUAAGCAAAAAGGUGUGAGCUACUCCAAGUCGGUUCCUCCAGCCUACCCACCACCCCAGGAUCCAUUAAAUCAGGGACAAUACAUGGUGACAGAUGGCAUAUCCCAGUCCCAGGUCUUCGAGUUCACCGAACCCAGACGCAGCCAGGCACCAUUCUGGCAAAACUUCAGCAGAGAGUGAGAAUGAGACAUCCAUAAUUUUUAUGAGAAGAUGCUUCCUAAAUAUUCAGCACUAGGAAAAAAAAGAACCGCCACCGCCACACCAUUAUUUGCAUCAUAAAUCAAGACUCGCUUGAUCUGACAAGGCCACUUGUUGGACUCGCAGCUUCUUUCUUAACCGGAAAGCCAAAAGGAGCUAGCCUUGCUCGCGCUUGCCGCAGCCGGGCGGCCGGCAAAGCAGAGGCAGGCGCUGGCUCCAGAGGGAAGAGGGGCUUUGGCUCUCAGGCAUGGCAUUCAAGAAAGCUCUUCCCCUCCAUAAAUUGCCGAGGUGCUGCAAGAGAUGGAGCACUGUCACAAAGAAGAACCAGCACCGGGUCCCACUUUCCCUCCCUGCGGUGGCUUUCCCGGUAGGGAGCGGGGCCGGGGGCGCGGGCGGCAGCGCAGACGCAGAGCGGGGGGAUUUUGACCGAGCGUCUGAUACAGACUUUUCAUUUCACUGCCAGACAGGAGGAACCCACUUACCAUCCCAUACGCAGAAACAAGAGAGUUGUGACAAACUUAACAUGUUUACGGUAUUUCUCUGGCUGAAUCUAUAUAUAUAUAUAAAAAAAAAAAAAAACAAAAAAACAAAAAUACCCUCUUCCCUAGGUAAAUGACAUGCAUUACCCCUUGACCUAGACACUAGAACAGAGGAUCCAAAUUCAAGACUUUCGCCUCCCCACCCUCUCCAAAAAGAUCAAACAAGAACCAACCUAGGUGCAUCUAACAGUUGUAAAUAGAAAAUAAUACAUAGAGAAAUAUAUUUGAAAUUUGUUUCAGUUUCUGGAUGGUCACUGGCCGUCCAUUGCAAUGUUAUUGAUAGUACACUGUGGUGCUUUGGGUUUCUGGUUUUGUUCUCUUUAUGCUCUGUCAUCUUUUCAUUGCAGCUACAUUUCAGGGAACAUGUAUAUUUAGUAGCUAUUGUAAGUUCUGCAUGGCAUCACCGAGCUUAUUUUUCCUUAAGAAGAAAAGAAGAGUCUGUAGGAGUUUAAAGGCACUAUGACGACAGGGACUUGUAGCAGAGAAUUUAAAAAAAAAAAAAAAAAA